CCCCCCGGGCUGCGUGCGGUCUCCCGGCCCCUCUGCGACCAGUGGUGUGGCCGACGGGCCACUGGGAAGGCGGACCGGCCUCGUCCGGCCUCUAGCCGAAGUCCGGCCCGUCUCUCUCCCUGCUGCAGGCGCUGGCGUUUCUAGCAGCUUGGGCGACCUGUGGGGCAAAGGUUUCCUGUUUUAUUGUUGUUCUUCCAUAACAAGUGAUUGGUUUUCCAUCCCAGUCUGUCCUGGAAAGUUAGCACUCCUGUGACAGUGAUACAUGAUCAGGAAUAACCUUUAGUUUGAAUGAAAAAUGGCUUUCAAUGCAUCUGUGUUUCUUCAAGAAAAUGAAGAAAGUAAUUCACAACGUAUGGAAAAAAAACAGUUACAGAAUAAUUUGGUAGCUUCAGAAGAUCCCCUUCAAAACUUAUGCUUAGCAUCUCAAGAAGUUCUUCAGAAAGCUCAGCAAAGUGGGAGAUCACGAUGUCUUAAAUGUGGUGGUUCCAGGAUGUUCUACUGCUACACAUGCUAUGUUCCCAUUGAAAAUGUACCUGUUGAACAGAUUCCACUUGUGAAGCUUCCACUGAAGAUUGAUAUCAUUAAACAUCCAAAUGAGACAGAUGGCAAAAGUACUGCUGUGCAUGCAAAACUCUUAGCACCUGAGUUUGUAAACAUUUAUACAUAUCCUUGUAUUCCAGAAUACGAAGAAAAGGACCAUGAAGUUGCUCUUAUUUUUCCGGGGCCUCAGUCUGUCUCAAUCAAAGAGAUUUCGUUUCAUCUCCAAAAAAGGAUGAAAAGUAAAGAUAGAGGCCCAAAGGAUGAUCCUGACAUUCCAUCUUUGAAACGCAAGAAAACUGAAGAGCAGGAGGGCUGUGAUUUAAAUGAGAGCAAGUGCAUAGGCACAACCCUGAAAAAAAUCAUCUUCAUAGAUAGCACCUGGAACCAGACAAACAAGAUAUCCACUGAUGAGCGGCUUCAGGGAUUAUUGCAAGUUGAAUUGAAAACAAGAAAAACUUGCUUUUGGCGCCAUCAAAAAGGAAAGCCAGAUACUUUCCUUUCCACAAUUGAAGCCAUUUACUACUUUCUAGUAGACUACCAUACUAAUAUAUUAAAGGAGAAAUACAUAGGACAAUAUGACAAUCUUCUGUUUUUCUAUUCAUUUAUGUAUCGGAUGAUAAAGAAUGCCAAGUGCUCUGCAGUCAAGUAAGCAACAACUUUGUGUUUGUCAGCUUUGCACAAGCCGCUUGUCAUGUUUACUUUUCCAAAAUUAAUAAAUUAUGCUUGUACCUUG